GCGACACACAUCGCGUAGGCACAUCCGCACGGCCACACGAGCGACCACACCGCACGCGCGCGGGCCCGCUUUCUUUUGCUUCCCCCCUCUCCCCCCUGCCCCUUUCCCCUCCCCCUUCCCCACCCUGCCAUGGACCAGCCGAACGUGUCGGUCGGCGACCGCGUGCUGGUCAACGACCGACGCGGCAUCGUCCGCUUCGCCGGGCCGAUCGAUGGCCUGUCUGGAAUCUGGGUCGGCAUCGAGCUUGAUGGCCCGGUCGGCAAGAACGACGGCACUGUCAAGGGCAAGCGCUACUUCACGUGUGCGCCGAAUCAUGGCCUGUUCGUGCGCCCGACGGCCGUGACGCCACUCGACGAGCCGGUCUCCCCGGGCCCCGGUGGCGCAGCCUCACCGGUUGCUCCGGCAAGCCCGGUCAUUGCGGCUCCCGAGUCGGUGGAGGCGGCGGCGACGGAGUCGACGGCCGUGCCGGAGCCGGCGGCCGGGCCCGUUGCCACGGCGGCCGACGCCACCCCUGCUGUGGGUGCCGCUGCGACGGCGGCCACCACGGCAGCCCCCCCGACUGGGUCCCUGCCCCUGUCGGUGGACGCCACCGUCCCCCAGCGCCACUACGACGAUCUGGUGGCCAAAUUCCGCCUGCUGGAAACCCGCCUGGUGGAAGAGCGUGCCAAGUCCAAGCAGGCCGAGCGUCUGCGCCAUGAGGCCGAGACGGCGCAGCAGGCACGCCAGCGCCUGGAGGCCCAGGUGGCCGAUCUCCAAGCGCAGGUGGUGUCCCUGCGCAAGCAGGAUAGCGAGGAGCGCCGGCAGCGCGAAGAGCGCGAGGAGGCACUGCUUGAGAUGGAAGAGCAUGCCGAAUCGCUGACCAUGGACAAGGAGCUCGCCGAGGAGCGUGCCGACCAGCUCCAAGCGGAGGUGGAUCAGCUUCGCGAGCAGGUCGAAGAGCUGACGCUGGAUCUGGAAAUCGUGCGCGGCGAGCACGAGGAGGAGCUGGCCAAGCUGGCGGCCGCCGGCGAGGGGGAAGUCCUGUCGCCGGCGGCCCAGGAGCAGGUGGCCCAGCUGCAGCUGCAGAAUGACCGCCUGAAGGAGGCGCUGAUGCUCCUGCGUGACCGGACCACCGAGGAGAAGGCGGCUCUGGCCAAGCGCGUGCGGGACUUGGAGAAGUUCGAGCGCGACAUGCCGGAGCUUCAGGCCAAGUACCUUGCGCUCAAGGCGGAGAAUGCCGACAAUGAGAGCCUUGUCGAGCAGCUGAAGCUCCAGGUGGACGACGGCCUCGCCGCCGAGAGCAUGGUCGAGGAGCUGUCGGAGAAGGUCCUGGACCUGGAAGACCACAUCACCGACCUGCAAAACAGCAUCCAGGACCUGGAGGACCUGCGCACCCUGAGCGACCAGCUGGAGGACACCUACGUGGAGAAUGCCCGGGCGCUGGAGCAGGCGCUGCAGGAGCAGGAGGCCCUGGUGGCCCGGCUGGCCGGGCAGCUGUCCCUGGAGCAUGGGCUUCGGUCGGACCGGGACCUGACCAUCGACAAGUUCCGCGGGCUGGUGCGCGACCUGCAGGAGCGCAUCCUGCAUCUGGAGGCCACGCUCGGGAGCCAGAGUGCGGCGGCGGCCGGCACGGCGGCGGCCGAGUUGGCGGCCGAGUUGCACCGGCGCGCGGCGGCCGCCGCCGAGACGGCUCUCGACGGGUCGGUGCUCGGGGGCGACCCGAGCGCCGGGGCCGGGGCCGGGGCCGGGGCCGGGCUGGACGCGGUCCCGGCCCUGCAGCGCCUCCUGGCGGCCGAGCAGGCCCGCGUCACCCAGGCCGAUGUGGUCCUGCGGGCGCGCCUGCUGCGCGGGUACCUGCCGGGAUCCUGGGCCGGGGCCGUGCAGCAGGCCGACCUCCUGGUGCCGGAGGCGUACUUCCUGGAGCUGGCCCGGUGUGUGGUGCGCGCCGGUGGCAAGGCCGCCGCGGUUGGCCGGCUGGCGGAUCACCUGCUGCCGGCUCGCCCGGACUCGGUGCUGGCUGCGCUGACGCGGCCGCUUGGCCCGGCCCCGGGGGAGAGCGACGCCGGGCGCCUGGCCGCCGGCCAGGAGCUCGCCCGGCUGGGGCUGGUUGUGACGGCGCGGCGGCCAUUGCGCGCGCUGGAGCGCGGGCUCGGCCUGCUGCAGUUGGCUCUGUCGGUCGCGCGGCCCGGGGCCUCGGGCCGGGUGGUGGAGCUCUUUGCCCCGCAGCUGGCCCCGGCCGGGGGCGAUGCGGCGGCGGCGGCGGCGGCGGCGGCGGCCGGCCCCUCCGCGGCGGCCGGGCCGCUGGCCUCGCUGGGCUCGCUGCUGCCGGAUUUGCCGGCGGCCGAGCGCCGGCUGGAUGCCUUGCUCCAGGCCCUGGCACGGACCCUGGCCCAGGUGGAGGGCGCGCCGCGGCUGUUGCAUGAUGCCGUGGCGGCCGUGGCGCUUGGGGAAUACGCGACGGCGGCCGGGCGCUUUGGCCAGGCCCUCUGCCAGCGUCUGCUGGCCGGGGCCUCCGGCCUGGAGGAGGCCCUGCUGGGGGCCGAUCGCCGACGGGUGCUGGCCGGCCUGGCUCGCACCCACGCGGCGGCCAUCGAUGCCCGGGCGGAUGAUCUGUUUGUGGUCCUCUGCCAGGCGGCCGGGCACCUGGCUGGUGCCUGGGCGCCGGAGCCGGCCCAAGUGACCGAGGCCGGCGCUGAUGCCGAGGAGCCGGACGGGAGUGGCGCGGCGGAUGCGCCCGCCGACUCGGCCUCGGCCUCGGCCCAGGCCCUGGCGCAGCUCUUGACCACGGCCAACCGGCACAACCGCGCCAUCCAGGUGCUGGCGAAGAAGCUGCGCAAGCGCUUCGACUGCGAGCCGGCUCUGCAGCAGCUGGCGGCCCCCGGGCGCUUGGGGGAGUCGCUGUUCGCCGGCGAGCCGGAUGCCACGGGCAUCGAUGAUGCCCAGGUCCUGGUCGAGCUGGCCGAUCUGGAACGCGUCCAGCAGGUGGAGGCCCAGCUUGAGGGCCUGCUGGCCGAGUUGGAGGGGCUGGUCCCGGCGCUUGGCACCGGCUCGGCCCCGGCCCCGGCCCCGGCGGCCGUGGUUGAGCGCCUGACCCCCCUGGCGCAGCGCCUGGGCGCGACGGCCGAGGCCAUGGAGGCCAUUGUCGAGACCCUGCACGGGGUGGAUCGCGACAUCGGGCCCUCGCAGCCUGAGGAGGGUCCUCUGGCGGCCCUCGGCGAGCGCUUCCGACUGGCACUGGAGAGUCAGGAGCAGGGGGAUGCCCUGCGUGAGCAGGUGGCCUCCCUGCAGGCAACCAUCCAGCAGCAUGAGGCGGCGGCCGCCGCGGCGGCCGGGCGUCUGGAUGAAGAGCGCGCCCGAGUGGCCCUGCUGGCCGCGCGUACGGCCUCCGCUCGCGAGGAGGCCGAGCAGGCUGCCCAGCUGGCCGCGAGUCUGGAAGAGUCCCGCCGCGAUGCGCAGAUGUAUUCCGAGGCCCUGGAAGCCCUGCGUGCCGAGCUGGACGACAUGGAAAUGCAGAAUAUCUCCCUGCGCAAGGAGCUGUCGGCAGCCGUGCGCGUUGGCGACACGGCCGACGCCGCGCCCCAAACGGCGGCCGCGUCCGCGGCCGAGGCCAACCCGGCCCACUCGCGUGCCCUCGUCCGGGAUCUCUAUGCCACAGUGGCGGCGCUGCGUUCGGAGCUGGCGCGGACCCGGGCCACGUCCAUCGAGAGCAUGGUCGCCACGCUGGCCCCGCUGCCGGUCCGGCGUGGAGCACCGGUCGCCGCUCCCGCCACCGACGCCACCGCGUCUUCUUCAUCACACUCGGCCAGUCGGGCCGCAGUGGCCCCUGCCGCUUCCUCGGCCCUGUCCUACGCCAACGCCGUCCUCAAGGACUCCAUGCAGUUCCUGGUCGAGCACCGGGUGGCCCGGCUGCGUCCGGGCCCGGUCGACGCGGCGGAUGUCCUGCCGCGCGGCGUGAGGACCGCCGGUCAUGCCGAGCGCCUGCGCCUCCUCCGAGCCAAACUCCUGGCCGCGCGCCAGACCCGCGCCCUGCAUUCCCUGGCCACCGGGCACUUCGAUCCCACCGCCGAGGAUGCCCCGCUGCCCGGUGUGGCAAAGGCCGCGGCGGUUUGA